UAAGUCAUACGGUAGAUAGGCAGACGAGAGAGAGGGUCGGUAAAAAACAAAAGUAUUCUUAGUUUGAAUGCCACUUCCGAUCCUGUUUGCUCGAUAGAAUCAAAAUUUUACUUUUAUUUAUUUGGAUAGACAACAGACACUUUCAAAAUGCCUAAAUUAAGUCUUUUGAUUUUCUUUAUUCUGCCUGGAAUCGUUCUAUGUGUGUCCAGUAGUUGUAAACAAGGUGGAAACUGUGUGCUUCCUGGAUGCUAUUGUAGCACAUUCAAACACGAAAUGGACACUACCAAAAUACCGCAGAUUGUAUACUUUGGAUUUGACGAUGCCUUAACGACUGUGCUUCCAGCGUAUUAUGAUCGCCUUUUCAAUCACACUUCUAGGCGGAAUCCGAACGGAUGUCCCAUUGGAAUGACUCUUUAUGUUUCUCAUACAUAUACACAGUAUCCAUUGGUAAAACGUUAUUACAAGGAAGGUCACGAAAUUGCCGUGCACAGUGUUACUCACACGCAUAUUAAAACUCGAGCAGAUCUUCAACGCGAAGCAGAUAAACAAAAGAGAAAUAUCGCCAAAUUUGCCGAUAUUCCCCUUGAUGAUAUAAUCGGGUGGCGGAGCCCAUUCCUGGAGACAGCAGGAGACGAACAAGCAGAAGUCUUAAAGGGAUUAGGAUACAGAUAUGAUAUUUCUCUCACCUAUAAGAGGUCCAAAAUGAGUGGACAAAGCCCUUUUCCUUUUACUCUUGACUAUGGUUGGACAUUCUACUGUCAAAUAAAACCUUGUCCGACAAGGUCCCACAGAGGGUUUUGGGAAUUUCCUGUCAAUUCAUUAAUGGAUUAUAAAGAUCAAUAUCCAUGCGGCUAUGUAGAUGGUUGUUACAAUGCUCCAAAAACUGAAGAGGAAGCUUAUCAAUACCUGUUCAAGAACUUUAAAAGUUCAUAUGAAGGCAAUAGAGCCCCCUUUGGACUUCACAUGCACGCAGGAUGGUUUUAUACACAAUUUCAUUUAGAUGCAAUGGAUAGAUUUAUUAACGACAUAUUAAAAAACGAAGAUGUAUAUAUUGUUCCAGUGAGACAAGCAUUAGAAUGGAUGGAACACCCAACACCAAUGAAUGAACUUGAUACUUUAGGAACAUGGUCAUGUCAAAACCCGAAAAUUCGACCAUCUGCUCACCAUUCACAGCAACAACAACGACCAAUGGCACCGGUGCCUCAACGCCCUAAAUCAUCAAAAACAACAACUACAUCAACCACUACCACCACCACAACUACAACUACACCAAAACCAUCUACAACGACUAUCAAAAUGCCUGUGUGGAAACCCACUCCUCCAAAAACCACGAGAAAACCUGCCUGGGCUCCACCCCCUCCCCCAAAGAGAUUGCCAUCGCCUCCAAAAAAGAAUUUCUGGUCUUGGGUACAGCCAACAAAGAAAUUUGAACCAAGCACCACGUCAACAUUACCUCCAACAACUACUAUUUCUACAACUCCUGUUCCAACGACAAUAUCAAUUCCCAAACGUCCAGCAAAUCCAGGUGGACCGUUUGUUUUAACAUCGAAUUCAUUGAAUCCUGAAAAUAUGAGGGAAAACUUUGCUAACAAUCACAACAUGAUGCAAGCUUUGGAAACUUUCUCGUCUACUCCCCGAGUAAUUGCCGAGGGUUUUAUUGAAAUUACACCUCGUCCUGACCUAGACAAUAAUGCACCAACUACGUUUCAACCAUUGGGUGACGGAUGCAUACAGGGUGCAAAUUGUCAACUGCCGUCUUGUCUCUGUAAAGGAAAGACUCCACCAGAACAUAUGGCUUGGACAGACACUCCGCAAUUCGUCUAUCUCACAUUUGACGGGCCUAUUCAAGAAAGAAUAUAUCAGAAAUACUAUCAGAUAAUUGGAAACUCUAGGAAGAACCCAAACAAUUGUCCUGUUGUAUCAACCUUCUUUGUUUCUCAAUCGGGUUCGUCAAAUAACCUCAUUAAACGACUUUAUGACAGGAGCAAUGAAAUAGCACUUAAAGGAUAUGGUGGAAUGCCGACGACUAAUAUGUCGAUUUUUGAGGAAGGCAUGAUUGCUCAAAUUUCAGUUUUACAGAGAAUGGGCAUUGAUAUAAUCCAGGGCUGGAGAAGUCCUAAUUUGAAGCCACUAGGCGAUGAACAAUUCAGGAUUCUAAGAGACUACCAAUACGUUUACGAUGCCACGCUAACAACUCAAUAUCAGAAAGGUCCUCGAUAUUGGCCUUACACCUUGGAUUUCAACAAUGGAGACGAAUGUGUUAUAAAGAAAUGUCCGAAAGAAUCCUAUAGUGGAUUAUGGGAAGUCCCUACUUCGCCUGUUUUGGACUAUCUCGGACUCUAUCCAUGUAACUUUGUUGAUGGAUGCACCAAUUCACCUACAACUGCAAAUGACACCUUCAAUUUCUUAUGGAAAGAAUUUACUCAACAUUACACAACCAAUAAGGCACCACUCGGUUUACAUUUUCGGCAUAUUUGGUUCACACAUCCUUUCUUUAAUGAUAAUCUAGUCGGACUUCAAAAGUUUUUGGACAAGGUUGGUGAAUAUAAAGACGUUUAUUUUGUUACCAUUCGAAAUUUGAUAGAAUGGAUGAGACACCCUACAACGGUAGAUCAGCUGAAUAAGGGACACCUCUGGCAAUGCUAAUGGGUCGGCUUCCUCUACAAAUUUCCAUUCAUUCCUUAACUAAAUUUUGCCCAACCUUUUUAAAUGCAAAAUCUCAAUAAUUGUCAAACUAAAGAAUAUAUUUUGGAUAAGAGCGA